AUGUCCUUAUUCGGCGAAUCCCCAGAUCGCUCGACCGGAGGCUUCGCCCAGAACUCCAAGUCCUCCUUGUUCGCGGACGAGCCGGCUACGGGCGGCUCCUCGCUGUUCGCCGAUGACGACGGCGAUGACAGCUCCUCUCCUUGGAACAUCCAAAGCAACACCGCGAAACGAGCAGCUCGACGCGAUCUCGCCCGGACGUUACUUCCAAAUUCCGACGUACCGGAGAGCUACAUUGAUGCAUACGACUCAAUCUUGAAUAGCGGGGACAGGGUUGGCUCUGGGAUUGGACUGACCUCUGUCCGAGAGAUUCUUUCGAGUAGCAGGCUUUCUGCAACGGACCAAAGCAAAAUUUUGAAUCUUGUCUCGUCCGGGGACCACGAAAGUUUCGGUGGGCUAGGUCGCGGGGAGUUCAAUGUGCUGUUAGCUCUGGUCGGUCUAGCACAGGAAGGCGAAGACCUCUCUUUCGAUGCAGUGGACGACCGACGCAAAAAAUUACCGCAGCCGAAAGCCGAUUAUCUCGACAAGCUACGAGCGACCGGCGACGCGCCCUCCGAGCAAGAGCAAUCAGACCAGCGACCAGCAACUCCUCCACCCCAAGACCUUCCCUUGCCAACACCGGGCUCGGCGCGAUCGCAAACAUACCGACGAGAGUCUUUGGGUGGACUGGAGGCCGACCCGUGGGGCAGUCCGCAGCUACAUCGGGGUCACAACCAUGCAGCGGGUGGCGCUGAUCAACCUAUGCCGAACAAUUUUGGCAGCGUGCGCUCUACCGCGAACGCUUGGUCUAAUCAUAUGAACGAAGAGUCUGUUCGAGCCAGUACGUCCCAGCAUGGGCAUGCUAACGGCCAGGCGGCACUUGCGCCGCCCAGUAGUGCUGGUUCAGGAUGGGGAAAUAAUAAUACUAGCGGCCCAAGCCAGAGUGAUGAGAGCAGCUUUGGAGGCACACAGCGCACAGCCCUGGGUGGGUUUGGCCAUCCAGGAGAUGGCCCAAACCCGCUCGCACCGCGACGUCGAUCUUUAGGCCUCGGCCGCAGCACAACAAACCCGCAGGUGGAGGAAAUUGUCACCGUUUCCAUGCUUCCCGAAAAGGAAGGACUGUUCAUGUUCCAGCAUCGCAACUAUGAGGUGAAGUCGGCGCGCAGAGGCAGCACGGUCAUUCGCCGCUACAGUGACUUCGUCUGGUUAUUGGACUGUCUCCAAAAGCGAUUCCCUUUUAGGCAACUGCCUCUUCUCCCACCCAAGCGUGUUUCAGUCAAUGGCACUCACCUUUCAGCGGAUUCAUCGUCUUUCCUCGAACGGCGCCGGCAUGGUCUCGUCCGUUUCACCAACGCCCUCGUCCGCCACCCUGUUCUCGGCCAGGAACAACUGGUUGUCAUGUUCCUGACAGUUCCAACCGAGCUCUCAGUGUGGCGAAAGCAGGCCACAAUCUCGGUUCAGGAUGAAUUCGUUGGCAGAACACUCCCGCCAGAUCUCGAAGAGUCACUGCCCAACGAUCUCGUCGACACUUUCGAAACAGUGCGCAGUGGAGUCAAGCGAUCCGCAGAUAUUUAUUUUAAUCUUUGUACUUUGCUCGAACGGCUGGCCAAGCGGAACGACGGCUUGGCCGCGGACCAUCUCCGGUUCUCCCUUGCUCUGCAGUCUCUUACUGAAGUGACAAAAGACACGUAUGCUGUGGAUACCAAUGAUAUCCCGGCUCUGAACGAAGGAAUCUUCGCUACUGCUCGUCACCUCUCUACCAGCCAAAGCCUAUUGGAGGACGAGGCCCGAGGGUGGACCGAGGGAGUUCUAGAAGAUCUCAAGCGGCAACGUGAUUGCCUCUUCAGUGUUCUUGAGAUGUUCGAUCGACGGGAUCGGUAUGCACGGAACAACAUCCCGCAGUUGGAGCGGCGAAUCGAGACGAACGAGCAGAAACUGCAGGAUCUCCACGCCCGACCCGCAGGAACUGUCAAGCCCGGGGAGAUCGAGAAGGUCGGGGAUUCUAUCCACAAGGACAAAGCAACCAUCGUUGAACAGCACGCUCGAGGCGUCUUCAUCAAGGAAUGCAUUCGAGACGAACUGAUUCACUUCCAGCAGAGCCAGUACCAUAUCAGCCGUCUACACCAGGACUGGAGUCAGGAGCGGGUCAAGUACGCUGAGUUGCAGGCAGACAACUGGCGCGGCUUGAGCGACGAGGUCGAAGGGAUGCCGACGGGCGUAUAG